AUGGACGCGGAGCGGGCGGAUAGGCACUUGGAGACUUAUCUGUUGGACUGUGAAAACACUUCAGGCACCUCGCCAAGCCUUCCCCAAGCCCCCAAGCAGCCGCAGAAGCGCUCCCGGGCCGCCUUCUCCCACUCUCAGGUCAUCGAGUUAGAGAGGAAGUUCAGCCACCAGAAGUACCUGUCGGCCCCUGAAAGGGCUCACCUGGCCAAGAGCCUGAAGCUCACCGAGACCCAAGUGAAAAUUUGGUUCCAAAACAGACGCUACAAGACCAAGCGAAAGCAGCUCACGUCGGACCUGGGCGGCCUGGAGAAGCACGCCUCCUUGCCAGCCUUGAAAGACGAGGGCUUCUCCCGGGCCCCCCUCAUCUCCAUGUACAGCAGCUACCCUCACUACCCCUACCUGUACUGCCUGGGCGGCUGGAGCCCAGCUUUCUGGUAACGCCAGCUCAGACGAUGAACGUUCAUGAUCAGAAACUGCCUUCCCCAGGUUGUCUUUCCUCAAGGCAAAAGAGGCCGGGCCGGGAGGACUGGGGAGCAAGAGGCAUGCAGACCAAGACUGUUGGAGGUUUGCAUGGAAAUUCCAGAUUCUUCACUGGUGGGCCAGAGAGAGGUCUGGACCAGUGAAUAAUUUAAUAUCCAAAUAGUUCCCCCAACACAUGACGUAGGUCCUUUUUGCCGUUAGAGACCUGUUUGAAGUGGGGAAGGGUAGAGUCAAGUGCGGUUUGCAGCCCUGUGUGGGCUGCUGUGUGCGCUGUCCGUGUUGCUGCUAAGGAUUACGUUCCUGAGCUCCCUUCUCCCAUGUAACCGGGCAGAGACUGAGAGAGCAAACCUGAGGAGAGAGGACAGCCAAGUGAGGAUGUCACCUACCAAAUUAGACUGAAGUUCAGAAGCCUCAUUGGCCUUGGAAUAUGACCAAGGUUUCUCUUUGUCCCUGUAAGGGAGGGACACAGAGGGUCUCGCCGAGAAACCUGUCGUGCUCAGGUUUAGUCCUUUGUAAAGAGUUCACCAACCUAAGUAUUUGCAAGGUGGCCCAAGUAGACCGGGAGUUAUUUGCUGUGGGUUUAAGACAAGCUGUAUAACCAGGACACUACUGUAAGCAGCGGGCCAGGCCAGAAGGAUCCCCGUGUGUCCAAGGAGAAGUCCCCACGCUGCUGCGGGAGGCAUUGCAAUUUUAUUAGCAAAAGGUAAAAAACAAACAAAAAGCCUCUCUGGAUCUUUUGCCCUGGGUCCGAGAACUUAGAAUGAGAAGGCUCCUGGAGUUCUCGGGCUGUAUUGCAUGCCACAUCAAAUGAUCACAUAAUUCUUUACGUGCCUUCCUCCUCAUAUUUUCUGUCCCGUUUGCACAGCAAUCACCCACUGAAAUGGCUUCUUUUCAAUCCAGACUUCGGGUCUGGCUGCACCUAACAUAUGCCUUCCUUAUUUAGCCUGAGAUCUGGUCCAUUUUUUUGUUUUGUUUGUUUUUUCUCUCUCAAACUUUAUCUCUCCUGGGUUAAAAAAGGGAGGAGGACAGAUUCUGAACUGGCUAAAAUACAUGUGUUUUGUUUUUUAUAUGUCUAACAAUUCUUAUUUUUUUCUUUUAAAAAUAUACAGCAUUAAAUCCCAAAUCCUAUUUAAAGAUUUGACAGCUCCAGAGGUCACUGCUGCUUUUAUAGGACUUUCUGGUGGCUGUUGUUACAGUUCAAAGUCUGACAACCCUUUGGGAUCCCCGCAGGCGGAGGAAGUAAGAGGAAUGGCUUUCACACACGGGAAGGCAGUGCACAAUGCAGGGUCGGUACCAUUGAGCUGGCCAUGGAGAUUCAGGGCUCAGGGCUGG